AUGCUGAUUGAGCAGCUUUUGCACGGGCUCGAAUCGCGUGACAUGUGUGACGAAACUAUUGCCAAGAAACCGGCAACGUUCAAAGUAGCAUUUGAGGUUGCACACACUUUGGAAGCCACCCGCAAUACAGCCAAAGAAGUUCGAACGGCAAGACCAUCGUUGUUAGGUGAGGCGACUAAUAAGUUAGGUUAUGAAAGGCCGAAGACGCGCAAAACAAACCUUCCCUCACACACACAGAACAAUCAAAAACAACAAUGGAGUGACCAACAGUCAUCCGAGCAGAGGGUUUGCGGUGGAUGUGGUGGCAAUCAUAAUAGAAGUCAGUGCAAAUUUCGUGAUGCAAAAUGCUUCAAUAGUGAGCGAAAAGGUCACAUUUCCAAAGUGUGCAGAUCCAGCACACAGAAUCCGCAGGAUCGAUCCACCGCCCAGAUCCAUUCGGAAGCGAUACUAGCUUCUCUAGUCGACGUGAUCCAGCCUUUGAGUAAAAUUCACUCCAUCAACACAUGUGGGAAGCAAGUCAUCCAUGUCACCAUUGACGGACACAGCAUGGACAUGGAAGUAGACACCGGUGCUCCUUGUGGUAUAAUCAGUGAAAAAAAACUCCGUGUUAUCAAACCGAUUUUCACACUGGUAAAAUCUGACCGUCAAUUUUCCAGUUACACCGGGCAUCGUAUUCGGUGUUUAGGUCGUCUUCCAGUGAAUGUUUCUAUUGGUUCCACCACACGUAAGCUCAACUUGUACGUUGUUGCCGAAGAUUACGAUACACUUUUCGGUAGGGAGUGGAUCUCUCAAUUUGCGAUCGAAGUGAAUUUGAACGAGCUUUUCACCCAAAGCAAUACGGUACACUCGCUGGCGUCUACAUCUUCCAAGAUCUCAAUGGAUCAGCAACAGGCUUUGUCACAGUUGUUGGCCAACUAUGAUGACGUUUUCGGUGACACGGCAGGAAUGCUUAAGGGACCCCCAGCAUCGGUGCAUCUCAAACCAGGUACAACCCCGGUGUUUGCAAAAGCUCGUGACGUACCAUUAGCAUUGAAGAGUAAGUACACGCAGGAAAUUGACAAGAAACUUGCGGCAGGUUUCUACGAGCGAGUCGACUACUCGGAAUGGGCGUCAACCGCCCACAUUGUAGUGAAGAAGAAUGGAAAUCUACGUAUCACCGGAGGAAUCUUUCGAGUGGAAUGCCGAGAGAGCGUAUGCAAGGAAGAAAUCAAAUUAGCUCUCAUUUUGCCGCAGGUACUGAUGCCGUAUGAUCCGAACCUUCCUUUGAUAUUAGCCACGGACGCGAGUAAAUUUGGGUUGGGAUCUGUUCUCUCGCAUCGUCUAGAAAACGGUCGAGAGCGCCUAAUAGCGUACGCCAGCUGCUCUAUGUCUGCUACCGAACAACGUUAUCCGCAGAUUGACAAAGAAGCUCUCGCCAUCGUAUGGGCAGUCAAGAAAUUUUUCAACUACCUUUAUGCUCGCCGAUUUACUUUGAUCACCGAUCACAAACCGUUGACUCAAAUAUUGCAUCCAACCAAAUCGCUACCAAUUCUCUGUAUCAGCAGAAUCGCUAAUUAUGCCGAUUAUUUGUCGCACUUCAACUUUGAUGUUGUGUACAAAUCGACGAAGGAAAACGUUAAUGCAGAUUACUGCUCUCGAAUUGUUCGCACUCCACGGAACAUCGAUGUAAACAAACUUUCCGUUCGCGAGGGAAGAGAGAGUGAAGGUGACGGGUUUGAAGUGUUUGUUUUACAUCAAAUCGCACAACUACCUGUCCGUGCUGAACAUAUCGGACGUGAGACGCGCAAAGAUCCUAUUCUUGGUAAAAUCGUACAACUGUUGGAAGCUGGAGCCGAUUUGACACGAUUCGACUAUAAAGCACCAGAAGUCAAAUAUACUCUUUCUGCUACAUGCUUACUGUUUGAGCACCGUGUAGUGAUACCACCCGUUCUUCGUCAGUCCGUGCUAAAUGAUCUUCAUGUGUCACACCUCGGAAUUGUGAAAAUGAAAGGAAUAGCUCGUUCGUUUGUUUACUGGCCGGGAAUCGACACAGACAUUGAGAAGACAGCGAAAUCUUGUGCAGAGUGUGCUCGUCAGGCACAUGCUCCCUCCAAGUUUAGUGAACACCACUGGCAGUACCCCAAAGGCCCGUGGGAAAGGAUACACAUAGACUAUGCUGGUCCAGUGGCAGGUUCAAUGUUGCUGAUUAUAGUUGACGCGUACAGUAAGUGGUUAGAGGUGAAAGUCACAAAUUCAAUGACAACAGCAGCAACGAUUGGCAUUAUUGAUGAGUUAUUUUCUCGUUAUGGAGCACCUGUUACCAUUGUGUCAGAACGAAUGGCCAAGCAGAACGUUACGUGCAGACAACAAAAGACGCUCUGA